AUGUGGAUCAUUGCAAAAAUCUGCCUGUACCUGUCCUUUAGUUGUAACUCUGUAGCUUCUAUCUUCAGAUCAGGUUCCUGUCAGCUCCAGGGACGAUUCAGGCUGAAUGGGAUGUUCCAGAAAGGAGAUCUCAUCCUUGGAGGGCUAUUUGAGGUUCACUUCCUCACAGUGUUCCCAGAGCAGAGCUUCAGAACAGAGCCAGAACCACCAUACUGUGAGCAAUUUGAUAUGGCAAGUUUCCAGCAGGCACAGACUAUGGUCUUUGCAAUAGACGAAAUCAAUAAGAAUCCAAACCUGCUUCCUAACAUCACUCUUGGUUAUUAUCUUUAUGACAACUGUGUCAAGUUGGGUGUGGCAUUCAGGGCUGCUAUGGCUCUUGUUAGUGGAACAGAGGAAUCAUUCUCCAGCCUAAACUGCACUGGCCCUCCACCAGUGAUUGCCAUAGUGGGGGACCCUGGAUCUACUCACUCAAUUGCGAUCUCUAGUAUAUUAGGGCUGUUUAGAGUGCCUAUGGUUAGCUACUUUGCAACCUGCUCCUGUUUAAGUGACAGGAAAACAUACCCCUCUUUCUUCAGAACAAUACCCAGUGAUGCUUUCCAGGUGCGGGCUAUGGUUCAGAUCUUAAAGCAUUUUGGAUGGACCUGGGUUGGUCUGCUCUACAGUGAUGAUGACUAUGGCAUCUAUGCUGCUCAGUCAUUCCAAAAAGAAAUGCAGCUCUUUGGAGCAUGUGUUGGCUUUUCUGAAAUGCUGCCUCAUGAUAAUAACCAUGGAGAUAUUCAGAGUAUUGUGGAAGUGAUUCAGACUUCAACAGCUAGAGUGGUGGUGGUGUUCUCCACAGAAGCCUAUUUAAUACCACUGAUGGAUGAGGUGGCAUUGAAAAAUGUGACAGGCAGGCAGUGGAUUGCGAGUGAAGCUUGGGCCACCUCUCCUGUGUUUCAUACUCAGCAUCUACUGCCCUUCCUUGGGGGCACACUGGGCAUUGCAAUAAGACGUGGGGAGAUCCAAGGACUUAGAGAAUUUCUGUAUUACCUCCAUCCUGACUGCAAUACAAGGAACAAUAUGGUAAGAAUCUUUUGGGAGAACAUUUUUGGGUGCAGUUUUGAGAUUGGAGGCAGAGAGAGAAAGGUUUGUACAGGGCAAGAAGAUCUGAACAGCACAAACACAGCAUACACUGAUGUUUCAGGACUGAGGGCCUCUUAUAAUGCUUAUAAAGCUGUUUAUGCCCUAGCCCAUGCACUUCAUGACCUGAUGCAGUGUGAAGAUGGGAGAGGACCAUUUAGUGGAAACAAAUGUGCAGACCAAAUCAACCUACAACCCUGGCAGGUAGUCUAUUAUCUACAGAAAGUAAACUUUACUACAGGAUUUGGAGACCAUGUGUCAUUUGAUGAGAAUGGAGAUGCUCUGGCCAUAUAUGAUGUGAUGAACUGGCAGCCAAGUUCAGAUGGUGCAAUAAGUGUUAGCACAGUUGGUGUGGUGAAUGAAGGGGCUUCAAUGGAGAUGGUGCUUACACUGAAUGAGAAUUCAAUAUUCUGGAACUUUGAAAACAGAAAACCCCCACAGUCUGUGUGCAGUGAGAACUGCCCCCCAGGCACCAGACAAGUCAGGAGGAAGGGCCUUCCUGUCUGCUGUUUUGACUGCCUGCCAUGCGCAGAUGGAGAGAUUUCUAACACAACAGAUGCUAUUGAGUGCAAAAUAUGUCCUGAUGAGUUCUGGCCCAAUCCAAAUAAAGAUCAGUGUGUCCCAAAAAAAGAAGAGUUUUUGUCCUAUGAGGAUCCUUUGGGCAUCUCUCUGACCACUGCUUCCCUGCUUGGCACCUGCUUCUGUGCUCUUGUUAUGUUCAUAUUCUCUCGUCAUCGUAACACUCCUGUAGUACGUGCCAACAAUUCAGAGCUCAGCUUCCUGCUACUUUUGUCACUCAAACUGUGUUUCCUGUGUGUGUUGCUGUUCAUUGGACGACCAAAGUUAUGGACAUGUCAGUUAAGGCAUGCUGCAUUUGGCAUAAGUUUUGUUUUAUGUGUCUCUAGUAUCCUGGUUAAGACUAUGGUGGUAAUAGCCGUGUUUAAAUCAUCUCGGCCUGAGAGUAAAAAUGCCAUGAAAUGGUUUGGAGUAGCUCAACAAAGAGGGACAGUUUUGGCCCUAACCACCCUCCAGAUUGUGAUAUGUACAGUUUGGUUAAGCAUGGCAUCCCCAAAACCCUAUAAAAACAGCCUGUAUAUCUCCUCUAAAGUUGUCUAUGAAUGUGAUAUUGGCUCAGUAGUUGGAUUUUCUCUAUUGCUGGGAUACAUUGGCCUCCUGGCAGCAGUAAGCUUUCUACUGGCCUUCCUGGCAAGAAACCUUCCAGAUAAUUUUAAUGAAGCCAAAUUUAUUACCUUCAGUAUGUUGAUUUUCUGUGCUGUGUGGAUUACAUUUGUUCCAGCAUAUGUGAGUUCACCUGGGAAAUAUGCAGUGGCUGUGGAGAUAUUUGCUAUUUUAGCUUCCAGUUUUGGAUUACUGGUGGCCAUAUUUGCCCCAAAAUGCUACAUGAUCCUUUUUCAUCCAGAGAAAAACACUAAAAAAUCAAUCAUGGGAAGAGCCACACAAAUUAAAUAG